AUGGCUAUUGUUUUAAGAUAUGUUGAUAGAAAAGGAAAAGUAUUUAUUGAACUUGUUCAUGUUCCUGAUACUAGUGCUUUAUCUCUGAAGAAAGCAAAUUUUUACGUACUUGCUCAUUAUUCAUUAAGUUUAUCUUCUGUACGCGGACAAUGCUAUGACGAGGCAAGAAAUAUGCAAGGUGAUAUCAAUGGUCUUAAAAUAUUGAUUAAACAAGAAAGUGAAUUGGCUCAUUCUAUUCAUUGUUUUGCCCACCAACUUCAAUUAACUCUUGUGGUGGUUUCAAAAAUAUGUGUUCAAGUGGAAGAACUUGUGUUAUUAGUUUCAAAUAUUUUGAAUGUAUUGGAAGCUUCUUUUAAAUGUAUGGAUGAACUUCUAGAAUCUCAACAAGAAAAAAUCCAAGAGACAUUAGAUAUGGGUGAGCUAGAAACAAGCAGAGGCUCGAAUCAAGAGCUUGGUCUUAUUAGAGCCGGUGAUACUCGUUGGGGAGCUUACUAUAAGCCGUUUGAAAAUUGUAUACUUUUGUUUGACUCUAUUAUUGAUGUACUUAAUACUUUUGUUGAAAAUGCAAAUACUUUAGAUGGAAGAGCUAAGUAG